CUCCCACAUACUGGCCCUAGGGUAGCUGCACCAGAGAGCACUGAGCAAUGCAGUGAUAUGCAAACACACGCAGAGCGAGGGAGCAGUAAAAGUCUACAGCUUUCAUCCGGACCCCUGUUUGUUUUCACCCCUUUCCCUUUAUUUUUGCUCUUUUUUUGUUGUUUUAUUAAGAACCAAACAUUGCUGCAGCUGGUCGCUACGACAACAGUCAGAUUUUUGUGCUCCCCGUUGCCUCGGCGACACUGGAUUUUUCUAUUUGUUUACCCGCUUGCCUGCUACUCUGCAGGAAGUGCUGGAUUUGAGCGCCUUCCCUGCCUCCCUCGCUGGAAACAUCUCCUCUCGCUUGUCUCCCCCCCAGCCCCAAAGAAGAAUGUCUAGAGUUGGGCUCAGGAGGAGGCGACGGUGGUGUCGAUCGAUCCCAUGGACCACGCUCGGCCUGCUGCUGUGCCUGGUGGGGGCCUCGCUGGCCCGGUGGGUCCCUAAAAUACCCCACUGUCCCCCAACCUGCUCCUGCACCAAGGACAACGCCUUCUGUGUGGACACCAAGGCGAUUCCCAAGAGCUUCCCCCAGGGCAUCAUCUCCCUCACCAUGAUAAACGUGGGUUUUACUGAGAUCCCAGCGGGAUCCUUCUCACACCUGCACCUGCUCCAGUUCCUGCUGCUGAACUCCAACACGUUCACUUUGAUCGCCAAUGACGCCUUUGCUGGCCUCACACACCUGCAGUACCUGUUCAUAGAGAACAAUGACAUCCAAACCUUAUCCACACACACCUUCAGAGGACUCAAAUCCCUCAUUCACCUGUCUCUGUCCAAUAACAACCUUCGGGUUCUUCCUCGGGAUCUCUUCAGGCACCUGGACAUCUUGACAGACCUGGACCUUCGGGGGAAUUCCCUACUGUGUGAUUGCAAGAUGAAGUGGCUGGUUGAGUGGAUGGGCAGGACCAACACCUCAGUACCACCAAUGGUCUGUGCUGACCCACUCGAAUUCCGGGGCCGUCGGAUCCGUGACCUUGUGCCUGAGGAUUUCCACUGCAUGAGUGCAGACUUUGCAGUGUAUGAAACCUUCCCUUUCCAGUCAGUCUCCGUGGAGUCCUACACCUUAAAUGGGGAGCUGUUCAUCGUGUUUGCGCAGCCGUACACAGGAAUCUGCACACUGUAUGUGUGGGACGACAUGGGGCAGGCCUUCAGGAAACACUACAACAUCACCUCUCAUUCAGCUAUCCACUGCAAACCUGUGGUCAUCAAUAACAUGGUCUUCAUGGUGCUGGCUCAGCUGUUUGGGGGAUCCUACAUUUACAAGUGGGAAGAAGCUUCCCAACACUUUGUUAAGAUCCAGGACAUCGACACAGUGCGUGUCCUGAAGCCUAACUUUGUGGAGACUUUCCAGUUGGAAGAUGAUUUGUUUUUUGUGAUGGCUGACAGCUCCAAAGCUGGCUUGACCACCCUGUACCGCUGGAACAGCAAUGGCUUCUACUCCUACCAGUCUCUGCAUCCAUGGCAUCGUGAUACACAUGUGGAGUUCCUUGAGGUAGAUGGCACACCAUGGCUCAUUUUGUCCAGCAUCUCCCAGCCUCCAGUUAUCUACAAAUGGAACCGGAGCCGGCGUCAGUUCGCCUUCUCUGGUCACCUGCCUGACGCGGCAGAUGUGUGGAUGGUGAGGCAUUUCAACGUCAGUGGUACUCUCUACCUAUGCCUCGGGCGCUUCAUUGGUGACUCUCGUGUGCUGCGUUGGGAGGGUCAGCAAUUUGUGGAAGUUCAAACCCUGCCGUCACGUGGCUCCAAGGCUGCAUUACCCUUUACCGUUGCUGGCCGCCAAUAUCUGGUCCUGGGCAGCGAUUACUCCUUUUCCAGGGUUUAUCUGUGGGACAAAGAGGAGCAACGCCUCUGGCCCUUUCAGGAGCUCAAUGUGCGUGCGCCUCGUGCUUUCAACCUAAUCUCCAUCAAAAAUCAGGAUUUUCUGUUUGCAGCCAGCUUCAAGGGCAGUACUUUAGUCUAUGAACACUUGAUGCUGGACCUCAGUGCCAAGUAGACCUAGGAAUAACUAACUGGUGAUUCUAUGCAUUGAGUGUGUGUGUGUGUGUGUGUGUGUGUGUGUGUGUGUGUGUACACUACACUAGAUGGCAGGAAUAGAGUGAUAUAGAGAGAGUCAUAAAGUGUGAUAGUGUGGAUUGUUAGUCUGGGGGAUGUGACAUGCAGUGACAGAUUUACUCAAGUUGCUCAGAAUUAGUCGUGAAAUGCCAUUACUCUUAUGAUAAAAACAUCUGAAUAUUUGAGUACAGCCAGCAGGGUAACUGUGCAAUCAGCAUUUUAUACUAUACAGACAGGAAACUAAGUAGUUAAGAUUCCAAUUACGAUGUCAUGGAGUAAGUAAAAGCAGGUUUGUUCAGCCAUGAAAGGUUUUAUUAAUGCUGUGGAGUGGAAGCCUAGAUUUUCAUGUGCUAUCUUGCCUUGAACCUUUAGAAGGCAGCCAGUCAAUAUGAGAGCUAAAUAAAGUAAUAGUUUAAGCAACAGCUUUUAUCUUAUCUAACCGUAAAGCUGGUGUGCCUUUUAACUGAGUACGAGUGUGUUUGUGGGUGUCUCAGCUCGUUGCUCUUCAAAACAGAAAGUAUGUAUGUCUCUUGUCAUAUGCUGAGUAAUAAUUUCCACACUUAGUUUAGUAGUACAGGCAGCAGUCACAUCAUCUGUCAGUUGUCGUUGGAAGUUCCCUAGUGCUGGAGUAAUGUAAGUAUCUCACAGCUGUAGGUGGUGGUUGGGUCGGUAGUGAGGGACGCACUGGUUCUUUUGGGCAAUGGCUUGUAUGCUGGAGUAUGUGAGAAGAGUACGUGUUUCCUUCAAACAGACUAGGAAUGAAGAAAAGAAUGCAUUCACUUCAAAAAUCCAACAACAGAAAUGACAACAUAACUGCAAGCCAGUAAAUUUAGUUUUAGUAUAUUUAAGUUACCCAAUGAAAUUUAUCAAUGUCUUAUAAUAUAUUCCAUUUUCAUCAUAGUGUGUUUCUCACUUAGUGUUGAAGAAUAAGAUGACAUAAAACAUGAAAGCGGAAGGAAUCAAUAUUCAGUGGACUCCAUGUUACUGAAACUAAUUUACAUACUUUACUUCGUCCCAAAGGACAGGCAAUCUUCAACAUUAAUGCAUGAAAUUAACUCUUUGAGAUUUAAUAAUGUAAUUUUUCUUGUAUACAAUAUCAUUUUGUAUUUGUGGGACAGUAAAUAACAUGAGAAAAUGCAUGUUGUAGAGUGUUUGCUAAAACUUUCAUGUUUUACAUUACAUAUUACUGUUUAUUUUUUUUAACAACGCCAAAAAAAGUUUCCUUCCUUUGUUCUCUCUUACCACUGGGUCUUCCUUAGUUAGUUCUCAGCCAAAAUACAACAAUACAAGAAGACAUGUUGGUGUGAAAAUAAAUUAUCAUAGAAAUAAAAUCACUGUAUUAAAAAUA